AUGAAAAGAUUUUUCGAAAGCGGAAGCUCAAAUACUAAAAAACAGAAAACACAGGCGAAUCGUAAAUAUGACGAUAGUUACUUACAAUUUGGAUUCGUUGUAAAAUUUGGUUCUGAGAAUUCUACUCCGUUACCUCAAUGUGUAAUUUGUCAAGAAACACUUUCGAAUCAAAGCAUGAAGCCAUCGCUACUUAAGCGCCACCAAUUAUCGAAGCAUCCAGAAACAGAAAAUAAACCUAUUGAAUUUUUUCAGAGAAAAGUUACUAUUUUCCGAAAGGAAUCGAAAUGCAUGUCUAGUUUUACGAACUUUAAUGAAAAUAUCGUUAAAGCAUCUUAUUUAGCAAGUUUAAUUAUUGCUAAAGAUGGAAAACCACACACAAUUGGGGAAACAUUAGUGUUGCCAGCAGCAAAAGAAAUCGUGCGAUGUGUUCUUGGAGACAAGGCUGCAAAAGAGAUAGAAAAAGUGUCACUUUCAAACGAUACAGUCAAAGAAGAAUUGAUGACAUGUCGUCGAAUAUAA